GAUUAUCUUUGUCCAUUCUCCGCUCAUCUCCGUAUACGAGUCAUUUAAAAUGGCCAAGUCUUGUUGUGUUUGUAGUGAUGGGAAAGAAACGACCGAGAACAGGCUCUUUCGUUGUGGUGGAUCAGGCUGUGGGAUCAUUGUACACCAAGCAUGUUAUGGUAUUGUAUCAGUGCCCUCUGGCGUGUGGUUCUGUCGAAAGUGUGAGUCCCAAGAAAGAGCUGCUCGUGUCAAAUGUGAACUGUGUCCAAAGAAAGAUGGCGCACUAAAACGGACCGACACUGGAAGCUGGGCCCAUGUAGUGUGUGCACUGUACAUCCCUGAAGUAACCUUUGGGAACCUGAGGACAAUGGAACCAAUCGUCACCACGAAACUACCUAAAGAGAGAUUCUCUAAAGCUUGCUAUAUCUGUGAGGAGUUGGGUCAGGAGACUCAAGCUUCAACUGGUGCUUGUAUGUCUUGCCAUAAGAGCAACUGCAGGCUUACGUUUCAUGUCACAUGUGCUCAGAAGGAGCAGUUACUAGUUGAAGAGGAAGACCCUAGAGACAUGAGGAAUAUCAUCUACUGUGGAUAUUGCAGUACACACUAUAAGAGAAUGGUUAAGCAAAAGUUAAAGCAACAGCAAAGCUUUCGUAAAGGAAACCCACCCAUCCCUGCAUCAUCUCAUCCUCCAGCCCUUCCCCAGUCCCUCCCUCCUCCACCUCCUCCUCCUCCUUUCUCUUCUGCUGAUAAUCAAGGACCAACAGAGACAGGCUCUAAUCAAUCACUUGAUCACAACUCCACCCACCAGCACUCUUAUCUGGGUCAUGUUCAUCCCACUAUCUCCAAACACCCUCCUUCGAAGUCCAAGGAUUCAUCUCACAUUGGAGGAGGCGGAGCUGAGAGAAGCUUCAAGAGAACUUCAAGUGAUGCUGGUAUCUCAUCAAAUAAACGGAAGUAUAGACGGAGGAAGCUUUCUUCGUCGAAUGAGAGUUCUACAUCCGAAGCUCCCUCGAGCACCAAUGAGAUUUCACUCCAUAAUAAUAAUAGUAACAGUGUCCUUUCUCUUGUAUCCACUUCCAGUCCUUCCCUCCUUCCUUCUUUACCAAUGGAGACCAAUGUUAGUAAAGAUAUCAUGGAGAGAAGGGAAGGACCCAGGGAAAUGCUUGACUGUGGAAAUCUUGACCUACUGGCCUCGGUUACUCAGAACUUUGACCAGGUUGUUGAUUGUGAGACAUCACUUCCAUCGCAUGAGAAAUUGGAGUCUUUUUCGCCGCCAUCUUCUCGUCCGGUUGAAACGUACGGUCCUCCUGAUCUCAGUAUUGGCGAGCCUAUACUGACUGUUAAGGAGCAGAAUCCUAGUAAAAGAAAAGGUGGUGGGGGAGGAGGUGGUGGGGGGAGGAAACGUAAAUCCACUACAAAUUCUGGCACAUCCCAGAAACAAUCAGCAGUGUCUUCUUCAACGAUUGCUAGCAGUUCUAAUCUUCAACCUUCUUCUUCUGCAGUAGCUAAUAUUAGUAGCAACAGUACUGCUAUACAGUCUGGUCCUCCUUUAAGCUUACAGGAGCUUUUAGAGAGACAGUGGGAGCAAACAGCACAGUUUAUUUUAGAUCAGGCAGGCAGACAAAACAACGCUGGUAUAAUGUUAGCUCACCUGCACGAGCUCCAGUCGGAGAACAGGAUCAUGCAAGCAAGGAUAAUGGAGCUGGCCUCACAGAGAGAGUUCUUCAUUGCAACAAACGCUCGCCUUAGACAAACCCUAGCAGAGGGAAAUAUACACAAAGUAUUGAAUGGUAUCCAACUCUUAUCAUCUGAUAACACACUCAGGGCCAGUGAUAAUCAUAGGACGUUCAAUCACAGCGGAUCAAGUGGAGGGUUAUCUAAUGAUAUAGAACACCACACUGUUAACCCUCUUCAUCAGUCUCCCAACCCUGGACCCCUUUUCGAUUCAGGCAGGCAUAACGGUAGUUUGGUAGCAGCUACCUCAACUCACAGCUCUCAUAAUUCUUCGGGCGGUCCCGGCAGAUCGUCAUUCUCUGAUAGACAGGCUCACCACGUCACCUCCAACUCUCUCACUCUCUAUCCCUUUAGUUCUUCAUCCGACGCGUCGCAUGUUUUGAUGACCCCGCCCACCGCAGGUCACCACGGCAACGAGAUCACUCGAGUGACGAAUUCCGUUCAGGGGCCGAUUGCAGCGUAUACAGGUCUACCAGUGAGCGUCACUAGUCCUAGUUCUUACCAUAGACAUAGUACCUGAGUGUUAGUCUCAUUCUCCUCUUCUCUCCCUCUCUCUCUGUCCUGACUUCUCUCUCUUUUGGGAAGAGGUUGUGAGAUGUGCAUUAAUUUCUUAACACAAUAUAUAUCUUAAGUACAAUCUGGCAUUAUUUUUUUUGUUGAGAAGAUUUGGAUCACCUACUCUUGAUAUUAAUAAUCGAUAUCGUUAUUAUUAUUAUUAUUAUUAUUAUUACGGAAAGAUUUUUAUUGCACAGUAAA